AUGCAGGCGCGAUCAGCCACCGAAGUAUUUGGUUACCGCAUUGCGGCCAAAGCUGAUGAGAUGGGUAUCUUCGACGCUCUCGCUUUCAAAGGCGGCACACGUGUAAAAUCUCCUGGCAGAGAGAAGCAGUCUGGCCGCUCAUGGGCUUCACAGGAUCUUCCACCAAGGAGAUCUUACCAAUGGCCGACCGUCGCGCUGGAAGUGGCCUUCUCGGAAUCACGAGAGCGAGUCAAACAAGAUGUGCGGAUGAUGCUACGACAGCCUCGACAUGGUGAGGCGGAUUUUAUCUUUUCAAGGGCGGACUUGUCGAGUGGCAAGUAA